GGCGGGUCCGAGUAGCUUCGUCAUACGUUGUAACGCAACAAGACGGAGGAGGAAGACUAAUGUCAGAACAGGCGGAGGUGAAAAAUGAAGACUCUGAUGGUGUUCGAUUUCGACCACACUGUGGUGGAUGACAACAGUGACACUUGGGUGAUUAAAUGCCUUCCAGGUCAGACUCUUCCGGACUCUGUGAAGAAUUCCUACAGAAAAGGCCACUGGACCGAGUUCAUGGGCAGCGUGAUGAACUACAUAGGAGACCAGAAGGUCAGUCCGGAGAGGGUCCGCAGUGUGAUGGAGACCAUCCCCUUCACCGCUGGAAUGACGGACUUGUUGACGUUCAUAUCGGACCACAAGAGCACCGUUGACUGCAUCGUCAUCUCUGACUCCAACACCGUGUUCAUAGACUGGAUCCUCCACGCCUCCGGCCUCCAGGCGGCCGUCGACCAGGUCUUCACCAACCCGGCGAAGUUCAACGAGCUUGGCUACAUGGAGGUGCAGUGUUACCACUCCCACGACUGCGCCCGCUGCCCCGUCAACCUCUGCAAGAGAAGAGUCCUGGAGCGGUACCUGUCAGAGCAGUGCGACGGGGGCGUGGAGUACGAGCGGGUGUUGUACGCCGGUGAUGGCGGGAACGACCUCUGUCCCACUUCCUGUCUGAGGGGGCGCGAUGUCGUGAUGCCCAGGAAGGGCUUCACCCUGGAGAGACUGCUGGCCAAACUGGAAGACAACGCUUCUCUGAGUGCUAAAGUCAUAGCCUGGACCAGCGGCACUGACAUCCUCCAGGAGCUGAAAGCCAGCAUGCAGUCGUAAUACUGACCAAAGUCUCAGCUGGAACUUGUCACUGAAGUAUUGCACUGGCAGAGAUUCAUGGCCAGGACGGUAUUUAUAGUACAUUUUGUCUGUAAACUUAUUUAAAAUUUGGUCCAAACCAUUGACAGGAACAGCCCCCUCAAACAAGGUUGGACUCCCAGUCACAAUUAGAGAUUUACCUUAUUAUUUGGAUGUAAAGGUGGGGCAUAGAGACAUCGGGGCCCAGUUACACGGGACAGACAUGUUUACUAUGCGCUGAAGUGGAGGCAUUAAGCCCCUGUACGAGACGGCAGGUCGACUGUGUGUGUGUGUGUGUGUGUGUGUGUGUGUGUGUGUGUGUGUGUGUGUGGUGGCAACUGGUGCUCAAGCUAAGUUCCUCCGCGACAUUUAAACACAAAAUUUGACUCAAUGUCAUUACAGUCUAAUAUAUAAUAUAUAAGUAAGAGUUUAUAAAUAUCAGUUAUUAUAUGAUGUGACGCAUAGCGCUUCAGCUGACUGAUAUGCUUUUAAAAACAUUCCUCGUGAUAUGUGUAACCAGUAAUAAUAUAAUCAAUAAGCCUUUUUUUAAACAGUGAGCUGUCUGAAGCUUGAUCAUUUUCACCUCUGCUUUUCCCCCUGUGACAUGUCACAAUGUCUUCAGUGAAUAAGGCGUAUUAAUGUUUAGCGCUCAUGAAUAUGAUUUUACAUCUGGGCCAGUAGCCAGCGUUUUAAACGCAACACAUCUACUAUCGUUUACCUCAGCAGCACAAUAUUCUGUCAAGAUGAAAUCAAUCCAUUUAGUCAAAGGUGUUGUUCAUUGUAAGUUAAAGUGCUCUUGUGUUACUUCAUCAACUGAAAGUACAACGUCACUUGUAAUAGAAAAUAAAUAACCUCCAUAAUUACUGCAAUUUUAAGAUCAUACAGUAGGAGAACACAUUACUGAGCCAAUUAGGUAUCACUCACAGUUGGAUUGUGGGUAAUAUUUUCACUCUUUAUACAAUUAUUCCAAAAUGUGCUUUAAAAAAAAAAGUCAAAGUAAUUAUUUAAGCUGAAUGAACAAAAAAGACCAGCUCUCAGAACUGCUGUUUUUAAUCCAUCAAUGCUUCACACAUUUGAGUAAUAACCAGAUGUAUUAUGUAUUGUGGAAAUGUGCGUUUUGGUUGACGCUAUCAUGUGAAAUGUCAUUUAGUUUUUUAUUAAUCUUGUGAUUCUAAUGAUGCAAUUAAAAACAGAAACCUCUCGGUUC